AUGUUUCUGUGCACUGUGUGCACCGUGCUCGCAGAACUGCGUCAAUCGGAAGCCCGUCGCCUGAAGAGACUCCAUGUUGAGCUGGACGGUAACAGUUCGCUGCGAAUCGUUUACGAUCUAUACAAUCCGCAGGCGUUGGCUUGGGCAAGUUUCAAGGACGCGACGCUCCAGGAAGGCUGGGCGUAUCUCCACAUCGAAACUAACCCGAAUUUCCCAGAUGAGCUGACGGCCUAUGCCGCUGGGGUUCUCGAAGCAGAGGCAACUAGAAGUCUCAUAAGUAAACAAAUACAAAAUCGAUAUUCGAAAUACUGUUCCAAUCUGCAACGAGUCACAUGUAAACGUAUCGGAAGGUACCUCCAGAAGCAAGUGAACUACAUGUACAGAAGGGCUCUCUCGGGGAGGAAGAAAUCAGCGUUCUGGAAUCAGAUCUAUCUGCUUCUAAAGCAAUUCACCGGUUUGAACGAUCAUUUCAAUGGAGCCGUAUUGCAAUCUGGAAAUCGUUUCAACGCCUCCGAGCCCCUGACAAUGAUGAUCAUCAAUUGGGAAGGCGAUCUUCUCGGUAUCGAGCAAGUGCUACCCAUGAUCUGGCCGGUCAGGGAUGGAAUUACGAAAAAAUCGAGUAGAAUCAAUACUAAACGUGGAUCGCGGAUCCCCGGACUCUAUGUCAGGGACUCAAGAAGUGAAACUGGGAACUCUUCAUACCUCUCUCUACCCCCCGGUCACUGCUCGGCUCUGAUUAAGUACGUCGAUGACAACAUCUACAUAGGGCAUACAAGCUGGUUCGAUUACGAUUCGAUGAUCCGAAUCGAGAAGAAAUAUGAUUUCGCCUUCCGAUUACGCGACGAUGCUUCUCCCUCGAUGGUGCCUGGGAGGAGACUCGUUAUGACGUCGUACCCGGGGUGCCUUUAUUCGCUAGACGAGUUCUAUCUCAUCGGGUCUGGGCUCUUCGUAAUGGAAACCACUUUGGAUGUUUUCGACCAAUGGAUUUUAAGACGAUGUCGGGUGAAAUCCGUCCCGACCUGGAUGCGUUCCAUGGCGGCGAACCGCUUAUCAGCAUCGGGGGAGGAGUGGGUUCGCCACUUCAGUCAAGAAAACUCAGGGACCUACAACAACCAAUACAUGAUCGUCGAUUUCAAUAAAUUCGAAACGAACGGUAGGACGGUGGCGGACGAUGUCCUGUGGGUUGUUGAACAGAUGCCCGGCACUUUCGUCAGCAGAGACCUAUCGAGCGUUCUGCGCGGCAAGGGAUUCUUCGCAAGUUUCAAUGUCCCCUAUUUCGAAGAAAUCAGAAAAAUCAACCGUCUGCAGGACUUCGAAGCCUUCACGACAUUCUACAAAUACGAAACAAAUCCCAGGAAGCUGAUCUUCGAUCGGGAUCAAGACGGCGUAGAGUCUGUCAGCAGCAUGAUGAACUUGAUGCGAUACAAUGACUACAAGAACGACAACUUAUCGACGUGCGGAGAAUGCAAACCUCCGACCCGAGUCGCGACGUUCGCGAUCGCGGCUAGGGCUGACCUGAUCGACCUCGAGAAGCACCCGAUCUACAUCUUCAAGGGACUCAGCGGGGCGACAGAUGCCAAAGCCAUCGACUUCAAUGGCUUCAAACGACAACGAAUCGCUCUCGUCAAUGGUCCGCCGAACGAGAAUGUUCCCACGUUUUCGUGGAAUGACACGGGUCUCCCGACACCUGCGGGACAUCCGGACAAAUUCGAUUUCCCCAUAGUCAUCCAUGAUUUCGAGGAAAGUCUGCAUGAUCGGGCGCCGGACGAAUCGCAGACGAGGUGUGGAGGAGAUGUCAUGAUCGACGACGAGGUCGAUGAAAAAAUAAUCAAUAACAAUACGUCCCGGAUGCAGGUGUAA